AUAAGUGCAUAUCGCUGGGUGUUCUAGAGGCAACGGUGUCAAAGACACUUGGUAAAAACAUUAUCACCUUUCAUUAAUUUUCAUGCUUGUGUCGAUUUUAGACAACACGACAGAUUAAAUUAAAGGCGCGUGAGUCGAAAAAGGGGGAGGAGGGAGAAGAGAAAUGGAGGGAGGAAGGAGAGUAGGCUGAAGAGGAAAGCACAAACAGAAUUUGGAAGAAGGCAACAAGAACUCCUCCUUAGAUAAGCGCCUCCCCUCCUUUAGCUGUUUCUGACUUUGUUGCUACACGGAGAAUCCCAGCUGCCACACAGUUUCCGACAGAGACGCUGGGAAUAAACCACUAACCUCGGUGAGCUGUGUCCAGAAAGAGCCGCACUGUCACCAUGUCUGCUCCUGGUUACCCAUACCCCUAUAACCAGCCUCCGUACCCCAUGGCUCAUCCUGGUGGCCAGUCCGUAGCCCCGUACCCUGUUUCUCCAGAGGGCUACGGAGACCAUGUUCAGGCGCCACCACCGGGCUUCAAUAUGAACUACAAUCAAGGUCCACCUCCAGUCAUGUACCAGCCAGGACCGGUGGCUCCAGGACCAGAGUACGGGGGCCCUCACGGAGGAAUCAGCCCCGCUCCAAUGGGGGUGGCUGCUACAGCUGCUGUGGGGGUCCCACCAGGGCUUGAAUACCUCACACAGAUUGACCAGAUCCUGAUUCACCAAAAAGUGGAACUCCUUGAAGCAUUCAUUGGGUUUGAGACCAACAAUCAGUAUGAAAUCAAGAACAGCCUGGGCCAGAAGAUCUACAAGGCCAAAGAGAAGAAUGACUGCUGCACCAGGAACUGCUGCGGCUCGCUGCGAAGCUUCGACAUGAAAAUCAAAGACACCAUGGACAGAGAGGUCAUCCGCCUCAUUCGACCUUUCCGCUGCGUCUCCUGCUGGUGUCCCUGCUGCCUUCAAGAGAUGGAGGUCCAGGCCCCUCCUGGCACCACUAUAGGCUACGUCAAACAGGACUGGCACCCGUUUUUACCAAAGUUCUCCAUCCAAGGAGCCAACAAAGAGACCGUUCUGAAACUGGAAGGACCGUGUUUCGCCUGCAACUGCUGCGGAGAUGUCAAUUUUGAGCUGAAGGGAAAAGACGGAGGCAAACCCAUCGGUCGCAUCAGCAAGCAGUGGAGCGGACUCUUAAAAGAAGUCUUCACCGACACGGACAACUUUGGCAUUCAGUUUCCGCUGGACUUGGACGUAAAGAUGAAGGCCGUCCUCAUGGGCGCCUGCUUCCUCAUUGACUUCAUGUUCUUCGAGAAGGUCGGGGAGGCAAACCAGCGCAGCUCAGUGUUCUCUUAACAGAAAAAAGGAAGAAAGAAAAACAACAGCCUGGGAGCAAGAACUGUGGCCAGCUAUGCAUACUCUGAUCACUUACUAUGUUUUCUUGCCUCUACUUCACUACAUUCCAGCCGUUGUGGUGCUAACUACACCAGCACCUUUAAUACACUCCCUCUGACCAACAUCCACCUCUGAUCUCAGCCAAGGAUUUCUGUUUUUCUAACUCUCUGACCUCAAACACACCGGUGCCAGGCUGCAAUGAUUGUUCCUUUCACUCUCUCUCUCUCUCUCUCUCUCUCUCUCUCUCUCUCUCUCUCUCUCUCUCUCUCUCUCUCUCUCUGUGACAUUGUCAAGCAGAGAUUAACUCCUUAUCAAAAGUUACCUACACCAUCUUUAGUGCCUACUCAUGGUAACAAUGACCUUUGAAUCACAAACAUUCACUUAUAAAUGGGAGCUUGAUAUUUCAUCCAUGUUGUGUAUGUUUACCUGUUGUUAUAGCACUUGCGUUUGUGGCCAGUGUGUGUGUUUGCCAUUUGUUUUUAUAAGACUGAAAUAUUACAACCACUGCAGACAGAAUUGUGGGUGAGUUUUGUACAGUUGUUGGGUGUUUGAAGGAUAAAUGCUGACCAACUUUAGGCAUCUCAAACGUGUGUGUCCUACACGGGGGUAUGGACUGUGUAUUGUCACACUCACCAUCCUCAGUGGCACUGUGUUGUUUGGAGAUUUUGGAAUCAUCGUCACGCCCCCCAAAAUAUGUGAAUUGUUAGUGUUAGCUUGGUCGUGCUAGUGUUCAGCUUCAUAAUAGUGCGAUGCCGAUAAACACAGCUCCACAGAUGUGGCCUUUUCCUCUCAGACUGUUUCUACUGCAUAUUACCAGGAAUAGUUCUUAGAUACAAUGUCUGCUUGUCUUUCCAUCACAGAUGAUUUGAAGUUCUGCAACAAAAGUCCACUAUUGACUGGUGAAUGUUGUAUGAAAGUGUCCCAGAACAAGUGCAUUUACCAGGAGGUUCUGUCUCCUCCUGAACUACCCACAGUACCAGGAACUGUGAUCCACAUUUUUUAUGUCUGAAAAAAAAAAUCCUAUUUUUUUUAUUCCACUAUAAAAAAUGUGGAUUAAAAUAAAUCUUAAACAUCUCUGUUUUUCUAUCUUGUUUACCCAAUAGUUUCUGUUCAUGUUUUUCAACAAUUUUGGGGGUGAAACACAGUUCUACUACUUCAGUUCAGGUUGGGAACUCUUAGUAGAACAUGCAUCGGUUCUGGUACUGAUGCUAUUGAGAACUUGCCUACUGUAGAAGUAUAUAAACAUGUAAGGACUAACUACAGCAGAGCAUGGUGUUGUUAUUUAGCUCAUGUAAGCGAUGGUGAAAGUGCUGUAUUAAUGUAUAAUAAUUAAUGUCAGUCAAAAUUAUAAAUGUAAGAUGACCUGUUUUACCAAAGUGCUUUUUCUCUAACACUCAGUUGACUUUCCUCUGUGCAUGUAAAUCUGUGUGUACAUAAUCAAACACAACUGUAGUACAGGCUGCAGUGCAAAUACUCCCAUAAUUCCUCUGUUCUGCAGAUGUUGCUGGGGAGACGGGUGGCGCCCACAGUUGAACCCCGUCCUUCAGUUUCCCCAGAUACUGUAGUGACCGAUGACUAACAUUGCAAAUAUGUGAGAGGCAAAAAGAAAAAAAUGUAAUUUGCACACGUUGAUUAGAGCUGAAGUGGUAUCACUGAUAUGUAGUGGUAACGUUUUCCACCUGAAAAAGUCAAACACGGUGUCAACUGGGCUGUUAAUGCUGUAUAAAUAACAAGGGUGUGUAUUCAAAAAAUGUACUUUGAAUGUUGUGCUUUUUUUGUUACUUUGUGUGGCCCACACAAGGUAUAUGCCAUUCAUCUAUUUAUGUAGCCCACGUUAACACAUUGUUGCCUUUUCACGGCUGUCAUGAUUGGUUGGCGUUUCUUUACUGUUUUUUGACAAAUUUACAUUGUUCCAUUGUCACUUGUAAUUUUUUAAGUACUUCAGUUCACACAUAUAAAGAAAUAUAUAUUGA